AUGAAACCAAGUAACGCUACAUUAAACAGCCCUGCCGCCAAUGGUGCUGAUGAAGAUGAACCAGAUGAAUGGGAUAAAAGAAUAAUUGAUACCGGUUGUCAUCAAGAGAAUUUGAACUUGCAACUAUGCCAUGCUGAUACUGGAGAUUGGAGGAAAUGCUUAAAGGAGAUGCAAGCAUUCAGAGCUUGUUGGGAGAAAAAUAAGAAUAAUGAAAGGACGUCUACUGUCGAUAAUCCCGAAAUGAAAUAA